AUGGUUACCGAAACACAAGUCACAUCUGCAAAGGCACCCAAAGCGCGCGUUCGCGUCGUGGAAGGCUCGUGCUGGCCCUGCAAAAAGCGACGUAUCAAGUGCGACCUCGCCAAACCGAUAUGCUCCCGCUGUGUCAAAGUUGGCGCGGCAUGCGACUACAACCAGCGUCUCAUCCGUUGGAGCACUCGACCUGCUGUCACGGUGCCGGCCAUUUACCAAAUCUCUACGGCAGAUGAGCAACUUGCCGGCUCCCUUGCUGUCUAUGAAAAGCGGUCCCUGGAUUACUUUCACGGCCGUUUCUGGCCCUUGCUCACGACAUCGACAAAACCAUGUGCCCCACCAACUAUGAUUGCACUACGGCAUCGCGUUGUGCUUCUUGCGACGUGUGUUCUCGCAGACUCGCAUCGGUGGCUUCAAGAUGGGAGGAAUAGUAGGAGUAUUCUGAAUGUCAAGAGGGCUGAAUGUUUAGCUGCGCUGAGGGCGGAAGUUGAUGGCUGUUGUUCCAAGGAGGAUGGAUCCUUGCAGACGUUACUUUUUGCGGUACUUCUACUUUAUUUCCACGACGGGUUCCUCGAGUGCGCGCAGACAUCGUCAUCAACAUCAAGUCACAGAGAUGGGGUACUGGCUAUCAUUAACCAGCUAGGCGGCAUGACAGCGGUCCUGGGAACAGGACAAGAUCCUCUUCACAUGAUGCUAUCAGAAUUCGCGACUACCGAUCUCACGAGAGCAAUACUAACCGGCCAGCCCCCAUCUUUCCCACCAACCAUCUGGGAAGUUGUCGACCGAGGUCCAGUCUGGUGGGGACGAGACACGCAAGGAUACUGUUCAUUAUCAACAGUAUUCCAGGAAAUGUCCAGCAUGGCGUUUUACAUCCAGUCAACGACAAAUAUGACCGAAGAAUUCUCCAUCGAAAGAGUCCGUGUUUAUGAAGCCGCUCUUCGACCAACCUAUGCUCCGCUCGCCGUGGAAGAUGUAUCAUCGCCGCGCGCUUCACCCGUCGAUCAACCACCAAUCGAGUGUGACAAAGAAUCGGCGCAAGCAUAUAGUCUUGUGCGCCUAUUUCAACACGCUGCAUUAAUCUACCUGUACCGCGCUGUCUGUGGCCUCCCAGCGAACCAUCCUCUCGUGCAACAACACACGCAGUCCUGUCUCGAUUCUAUCUUUAGCAUCCAAAAGCCAUCCAAAAUUCUCAACUGUGCGGUUCUACCUAUCUGUAUAGCAGGUGCUCACUCCCAAUGCCCCAAAGAACAAAAGACGGUUCGUGCCUUGGCCGGAUUUAUAUACGACGAGAUUCGGUUCGCCUCGGUUCAUGCGGUAAUCGCGGUUUUGGAAGAUAUUUGGAAGCGAGCGCCUAAUGAGACGAUGACUUGGAAUGAGAUGUUUGUGAACUUGAAUGAUCAGGCACUUGUGCUAUAG